CCACGGCACUCUGAUUGGUGGCCACCCAGGCUCCGGUCGGGGGCUCCGCGCUCCAGUCCUUCAGCUCGGCACCGGCCGGCCGCGGCGCAGGGCAGGGCUAGCAACGCAACCCGACCUUCGGACUCGGCUGUAACUGUGCGCUCCAGGCCGGGGGCUGGGGCAGCUCCCGUCGCUCCCGGUUCCGCCGUACCCCUCUCCACGACCUGGGUCGGGCAUGUUUUCCAGGGCCCAAGUGAAGCGGGUCCUGCAGCGGGUGCCCGGGAAGCAGCGAUUCGGCGUCUACAGGUUCCUGCCCUUUUUUUUUGUCCUGGGAGGAACGAUGGAGUGGAUCAUGAUUAAACUGCGUGUGGGCCAGGAGACCUUCUAUGAUGUCUACCGUAGAAAAGCCUCAGAACGACAGUAUCAGAGAAGGCUGGAAAAUGCAUCAGAGACUGAACUUCAGCCAUCAAUAAAGUGAAUACGAAAUUCACUACUGAUUUCAACUCCUUUGAAAAUGUACUUCUCAGAUCUCUUGUUCUUAUUCAGAACUGCCUUUACAAAGAAUUUUAAUAGUUUUCCUGUCUGCUUCAAUACUUCCCAAGUCACUGCUGGACAGCACUUAUUGGAAAAACCAUUUCCUCCUGAAACACACCUGACCAUUGAAUCUAUUCCAUGAAAUAUUUCUUAAACAAUUCAAGGAUCAAGCAGGAUGCUUUUUAGUACAGUCUGAAUUGUUUGUGAAGUCUUUUGUUUUAGGCAACAAACUGAUAACCUUAUUUACUUUUUUGCAGCAUUCAGAUUUAAUCAUGGACGUAAAAUCUCUAUUACAAGAUUAUUUAAACCAGGAUAAUGAUGCAGAUUACAUUUCUGCCAGCUACCAAUCUGUCACCAUUGUGUGAGGGUGGUGGGAAUUCCUGACCACACGUUACUCAGGUCAGGUGCUCUUGUGAACAGAAAUAACUCCUUCCUUUGCCUGUCCCCACUAACAUACAAGGGCUGGACCUCCAUGAGGACUCCAGAGGGGACAGGCUUCACACCUGAGAUGAAGACGUGCUUUCCUCCAGCUGCUAAAGAUAAAGAUACUGCUGCUUUCCUGAGAAAGUGGACCUUCGCACUGAGAAGCAACCAUAAAACCACCAUAGACUUCAGCUAAGUCAGAGGCAGAGGCUCAGUCUACUGGGGAGUGAUUUUGUAAUUUGACCCAGAGUAAGUCUGGGUCAGCUGACAGAAAAAGCAAAGGCUUUAUCCAUUUUUUUUCCUUUUAAUCCAUGCUUGAUAACUACAACCAACAUCUACUCAAACAAGAACGUAUCUAUAUAUUAAAGAAGGCUAAGUUUCACAGUGGUUUCGAAUGAUUGCUCAUGAAUAUACAGAAGCAGAUGCUUAAGGCCACAGGGUAUUCUCAAGUGAGAGAUCUCUGCCACAAACAUACCUUCCCAAGUUUUUCUAGGGUUUUUUCUAAUUUAAGUUAGUCCAUUGAUGUUAGAACCAAUUCAGUAUAAGUAGCAAGCCACCGACUACUCAGAUCCCCUUCAAGCACUACCCGCACCAGCUCAGAUCACUGCGCAGAGAUGUCUUGAGUGUGAAGACCAGUCUGAGCCACAGCACCAGGGAGAAGGAGGAAGUUCUCCUGUGCACUUGUGUGCCUAGAGAGUUCCUACUGAACCUACCCUCAUAGGCAUUUUAGUGGUUUAACUGCAGCAUAAGGAAUUAAAUUGUGGUAGGAUUCUCCCAGUUAUAUGGCCUUAUUCCAUGUUUCCCCCACCCCAGUUUUAGUUUAGUAUUGAGACAGAGAGAGAAUAUGUAAUUUACACCUUUUACAAAGGAAAGUUGUACAUGCUAAUAAAACCAUCAGCUAACUUCUGUGUCUGCUGUGGGUUCCCUCCCUGGCCCACCUCCCCUUCUGCACCCCAGAGGGAAUCACUAGCUACAAAUUCAUGUUUAACCUUCCGUAGAGUUUUCUUUUUAAAAUAUAUAUUAAAGUGCUGAUUUACUGAAGGACAACAAAACUUUGAAGAUGAUAAAUGUCUCACUUCAAGGCAGGGAGACUGGCAAGCAAUUACUGCGUUAAAUCAAAGAUACUUUCAGAGCACAUUAGUCUGCAUGCUAGAGAGUAAAAACUAACCUUUGUUAACCGAGGUGAAAGCUUUUUAACUUCACCUCAAAACAGAUUUUAACCCUUCUAUUACAGAAUAUGACUCUGACUUAUCAGACACAGGAACUAUUAAGGGAACUUUUAAUAACCUAAAAAGCAAUGCUCUUAUAUGCUGAUUAUAGAACUACAGUGCCCCCUAGUGUAAACUACAAGGCAAAACAUUUAUUAACCCAUAUUUUAAAAACCGUAUUUCUAGAAUGACAAAAAUUGAAUUAGCAUUUUUUGCUUGAAAUCUACUUCCAUUGUGGUGUUGGGUAAAGAAUGUGGGCUUUGGAGCCUCACUUUAUCAAAUGAACUGAUAGGGAAACUUACUCAGGUACACAGUAAAUCUUCAAUAAAUGAGAGCUAAUCUUGAUCCGUC